CGCCCGCUUCCUCCGCUCUCCCGCACACCCCAACGUAACGCAACUUUUCUCCUUCCUCUUCUUCUGAUUCCUCUUUUCUUUCUGAUCUCUUCUUCUCCGUGCAAUGCAACUCAGGUCAACCUGAUCAGGCAUUCUCCGCCUCCUCCUCCGUCGUGAAAUUCGCUGAGAUUCCAAUAUUACCGUCGAUGGUUUAAUAAUUGUUGGAGCUCUGCACCGCCAUUGCUGUUGAUGUUGUUAUGAUGGAGGAGGAGCACGGGAAGAAGGUCUCCGGGUGCGGCCUUUCCGUCCUCUAUAACAGCUUCUUCCGCCGCGGGACAGCGGACCCGAAUUUGAGCCCCCUGCAGUCGUCGUCGGCCCCUCAGAGCACCAGGGCCUCCCCGGUCGACCCCAAGCGGCGCCGCUCCACGUUUGAUGAGGAAUUCAUGUUGGAGUCGACCAACGCACCCAAUGUCCGUGCCACGCCGGCUCCUUCCAUGCCCAAGGCCGCCGCCUCCGGCGGUGGCUACGUCAAGGCCUCCGGCCGCCCGGCGCCGGGCGGCAGAAAACCUGGUCCACUGGGCUUGUCUGGGGAACUCGACAGCUUGAUCCACGACCAUCAGCGGAGCAAAGGAAGCAGCACCCUCGUCCGCGCCUCCUCCGGCAACGUCAUGGUCUUCGGCAACCUCGGCAACAUACGCGCCCCCGGCGCCACCACGCCCAACCGCAACGUCCUCGACUAUUUGCCGAAGACGUCUAAGGAGAAGGACGGGGAGAAGGAGGCUACUAGGGACAGGCCCCGGCCCAACGCCGGCUCCAUGGCCCCUCCAAGCACCAACGAGGAAGAUGAAGAGGAAGAGGAUCCUCAACCGCCCGAGGUGCUCUGCCGCGCUCUGUCCAAGAGGCUGGAACCGGAGGAGCUGAAGGAGAUGGGCAACGAGGAGUACAAGAACGGGAGGUACGCGGAGGCAGUGGCGCUGUACGACCGCGCCAUCGUGAUGGACCCUCACAAGGCGUCGUACUGGUGCAACAAGGCGGCGGCGCUGAUGGCCAUGGGGCAGCUCCUCAAGGCCGUCGCGGAAUGCAAGGAGGCGGUGAGAAUAGACCCGUCUUAUGGCCGGGCGCACCGCCGUUUGGCCACCUUGUACCUCAGAUUAGGGGAAGCCGAGAAGGCGAUCCAUCACUUCAAAUUGGCAAAAAGAGAGGCGAAUUCCCAGGACAUGGCGCAAGCCUAUCGACUGCAAGGCCAUCUCUCCCAGAGCGUAGAAGCGCGCAAGAAAAGAGACUGGCACUCGAUGCUGAAGGAAGCGCGAGCGGCUGUGGCUUCUGGUGCUGACGCAGAUCCGCAGAUCUUGGGUGCCAACGUGGAGGCUCUGCUUGCACUCGGCAAGCAGGAAGAGGCAGAGAGCACGCUAGAUUCUGCGGUCAAGUUCGACAUCGAUGCCUCUGCCAAGUUCUUUGGUCCUUCCAGAACCGCUUACCUGCUGUCAGUGAGAGCACAAGUUCAAAUGGCUGCUGGCAGGUUCGACGAGGCGGUUGCGAUAGCCCAGAAAGCUGCGCAGCUCGACCCGAGCAGUAGGGAAGGCAACGCCAUAGCGCGCAAGACGAGGGCAGUAGCGUCUGCUCGUUCGGCAGGCAACGAUCUCUUCAAGGCAUCGAAGGUUAACGAAGCUUCUGUGGCCUACAGCGAAGGCCUUGAUCAUGACCCCCAGAAUGCAAUUCUACUCUGUAACCGAGCGGCGUGCCGAGUGAAGCUUGGCCAGUGGGAGAAGGCCAUCGAAGACUGCAAUGCAGCACUAAUCAUGCGCCCUUCCUACGCCAAAGCUCGUCUUAGACGAGCUGACUGCAAUGCCAAGCUUGAGAGAUGGGAAGCAUCGGUGCAAGAUUAUGAAGCUUUGGUUCAACAGCUUCCAGGAGAUGAGGAGGUGGGCAAGGCCUUGGUCGAGGCACAACAGCAGCUCAAGAAACCGAAAGGCCAAGAUCAUAAUAAAUUUGCCAACAAUUUUACCAAUGUCACGAGCAAAGAUCAAUUCAAACAGCUCAUUACUGCACCAGGCGAGUUUCUCCCUUCAUUCAAAAUAAUUUUUUUUGCCUUUUUCUUUUAGUUGUUGACAUUUGUGUUGACUAAUUUUCAGGGGUGUGUGUUUCCUUAUCUUUCAACAAUCUAAGUGAGCUUCCAGGGCAGACAAUUCCUUUCAUGGAGAGAAUGUCAAAGAAAUAUCCUAGUGUUAACUUUCUCAAGUGUUUGCAGUUGGAGAUCGAUGAGCACCCAUCCUUGAGGGACUACGGUUGCUCUGUGCCGGUGUUUACGAUCUACAAGGACGGAUCCAUGGUCAGGGACAUGGAUGGGCUCGACCAGGAACAGCUUGAGACCUUGCUAUCAUCCUUUGUCAGGUAAUGAACUCAUAUCAGCUAACAUGUACAGAGAGAACCAAGUGAAACUGCUGAAAUCAAUUCAGCUCACAAAUUCAAAGGAGAAUGUAAAAGAUUAGUGACGAUAUAACUAACGGUGCCUGCAAAUAAACAUAAACUAUAGAGAAGUAAUUUAGAGACUGUUUUUCAUUUUUUUUUUUUCCAUUACAGAUCUUUGUCGUGUAUGUGCAUAUAUGUAAAUCAAACUCUUU